AUGUUCAAUCUCGCUGUCAUCAACAACAACCUCGACAUGGUCUCGCUGCUUCUCCAUGGUAUGGAUCCCAACGUCUUGGCAAUAGAUUGGGAGAAACGCCAUCCCGCCCUGGGAUAUGUAGCAAUGACAGGAUGCCGCGAGCUCGUCUCUCUUCUUCUCCGUCAUGGCGCCAACAUGAAAGCUGAGGAUUGGUCCGGCUGGCGCCGGCUGCAUGCUGCGUGUUUCGCCGGCGAAACGGGAACUACCAGGCUCCUGAUCGAAUCAGGGGCGGAUGUCCAUGCAUGA